AUGACUUUUUUGAACUUUCAUUUGAACGCUUGUCUAAUUUGCCUUAUUUGCUUAGAUUGUCAAAGCAUAUAUGGUCAAGAUUGUAUUUGUCAAGCAAAAGUAGUUGUAUGGAAAAGGAAAAAAGUUAAACGUGACUAUAUAGUAGAUUUUUACCAUAAACCUCUUACACAAAAAGGCACUAUAAAUCAAAAACAUUCAUUAGACUUAGAAUUUGUUAAUUGGAUUUUUGCUAACAUUUCUUCAAAAAUUGAUUUUUCGUUAAUUCCAAAUAAUGUAAAUAUUUGUCAAAAGUGUAUUACUAUGAAAUACCGUGUCAAAAAGAAUGAUAUAAUAAAUAAGCAGUUUACUCCAAAUAAAUUAAUUUCUGUGAAAGAAGAUUGUAUUACUGUAAAAGACCAAAUUGUUGUGAAUAAAGAUUGUAUUAUUGUGAAAGAAAAUUGUUUUGAUUUAACAGUUGAUUCAACUGCUUUAGAAAGUACUGUGCUAUCUACUCCAUCAAGUUUACCAAAUGAUAUACAAUUUAUGUCAAAAAUAUCAAAACCUGAUUUACAAGAGAUUUUAUCUCGUAAUCUUCCAAAAGAAUGGGGAAAAAUAGAACUUGGUCUCAUAUGUUAUCAAAAAAGUUCUAAUCCUAAAGCAGAUCACUUUAAUUUAAAAUCAAAUGAUUCUAUUGUAGCAUUUGUUGCAGAAUGGAGAAAAAAUAAGAAGAUACAAUUAUGUAGUAGAUAG